GACUGGGUCUGGAACUAGAGCGUGUCACAUGGCGAGGCUUAAGAGCGGCCACAGUCCGGCAGGCGUGUCUUGGGCAGGCGCAGGCGGGGUUCUGAGGGCGAAUCUCUCUCUCUGCACCGAACCAGGAUGAUGCACCAGACAUCCCUCUCUCUGCUGCUGGCUACCAGCGCCGCCCUGAUCCUGGCGACGUCGGCAGGUCUGGUGAAGAAGGUCGUCAUCCCAGGCUACAUCGACUGCGUCAGUUCCAACGACUGUGGCACGACAGAGUGCUGCGUCCUUGGCACUGCGCGCUUCAGCAUCCCCUCGUGCCAGACCCGCGGCGAGGUCGGCGACCCGUGCAGCCCCAUCAGCCAGCCGCGCAACAUGUCCGUCAGCUACCUGGACGGGAGCGUCGUCCAGCUGGUCGACGUCUACAGCGUCGUCUGCGCAUGCGCGCCGGGGCUGCUGUGCAGUCCGGACUCAGCCACCUGCGCGGACCCGCUCGCCAAGCAGUCUCUCAACGAACUCGACGACUGAUGCUCCUUGGACAGUUGUCGACACAGGGUCUACAAUGUCAUAAUACUUCUGAAAGAAAACAAGGCCUUGUCUUUUUAUUCGCUUGAUAAAGUACCGCUCAAGCCUUUGAGACUUGUUUAAAGAAACUCUUGACCGUAUCCUUCGACUAAUUUCACGUGAAUCUCAUCCUUAAAUUUCAUAUUGUAUCCAUGACACAAUAACACAUUCUUGACAUUACAUGUCCUCAAAACCUCAUUGUUAUAUGUCAUGUUGUAUCCUUGAUAUUAUAACACAUUCCUGAAAUUAGAUGUCCCCAAAGUGAGCGUGCAUUCACACUUUUUCUUUAACACUGAUGUAUAAUGCUUCCUGUGUUACUGUUUAUAAUGAUCCAGUUCAUAUCAAAACUUUUACCUUUCGUGUAAUUUUUUUUUAAAUUUCUUCCUUCACUUCUCUUGAAUCCUACUUCUUAACUAACCUAAUUCAGCAAUUUUAUACCACAACAAAGAUUAAAUCACUGUAGUUCUCCUUUCCCCGUCAACUACCCUUUUUUGAAAUGUAGCCACAUUCCAAGAUCCACACGAUUCAAUCUGUUUUAUUCUUUGUUUGAUCCUAGGUUCCUAUUCAGUGCGCGGUUUUUGUGCUUCGUUUCUCUUUAGUAUCUUUUGUGAUUUUAUUUGCAACUGAAAGGGUUUAUGCAUCUCUCUUCUUAUAAAUUCUCUAGUUUCGUUACCUUAUUCACUAUCGUCGAAACUUCUCCUACUGCUCGUAAAUUAUUCGCUGCUUCUGAUCUCUAUAAAGCGAAUGUAUCGCUGACUAAGAAGUAUCUCUAUUCGGUAUGCUGAAUGUAUGCAGAUUUUUACAUUCAAAGUAAUCUCGCGAAAAUAUUAAAUUUGUUUCCUCAUCAUACACUUCUAAUUCCAUGAUGGAUGUUUGUUUGACAACGUCCAUUGCUCGAUCACUAAUGAACAUACAUAAUAUGUAACUAACGAAUUAUGAGUUCAUUUUUUCUUGUAUAGUUGUGCUUAAUAUUAGAUUAUUUUAUUGUAAAUAUGUCAUGUACUUUUUAUGUACUUUUGUAGUUGGACUCUACAAAUAGAAAUGAUGAGUUACGCUUA